AUGCGCCACGACCACGGCUGGAAGUCGGCCGAGGUCAAGGCCAUCCGCGCCGGCCUCCUCGCGUGGUACGACAAGCGCCGCCGGUGCCUGCCAUGGCGCGGCGACAGUCCGCCGUUCCUGAGCGUCGUCGAGGACCGGGCGCCGGGCUAUGCCGCGUCCGUGCCUGUGUCGCCGUAUGGCACAUGGGUCUCGGAGAUCAUGUGCCAGCAGACACGCGUCGAGACGGUCGUCGACUACUAUGUUCGCUGGAUGGAGAAGUUCCCGACGGUUCACGCGCUCGCCGCUGCCGAGCCCGACCAAGUCAACGCGGCGUGGGCUGGCCUCGGCUACUACCGCCGUGCGCGCAUGCUCCACGACGGCGCCAAGUUUGUCGUCGAGACGUACAACGGUGAUAUGCCCAACGACAUUGAGCGCCUCAAAGCGAUUCCUGGCAUCGGCCCGUACACGGCCGGCGCGAUUGCAUCUGUGGCCUUUAACGUGCCCGCGCCGCUCGUCGACGGCAACGUCAUUCGCGUCGUAUCGCGACUGCGCGCCAUUGGCGCCGACCCCAAGCACAAGCCGCUCCUUGAUCAUUGCUGGGAGUCGGGGCAAACGCUGAUCGACGCUGAUCGCCCAGGGGACUUUAACCAAGCGCUCAUGGAGCUCGGUGCGCGGCUGUGCUCGAUUCAGAACCCGUCGUGCGAGAGCUGCCCUGUGCAAGCCCAGUGCUACGCCUACACUGAGUCUCAAGUCACGCAGUACCCUCUCAAGACGCGCAAGAAGGCGCCUCGCAACGAAGCACUCAACAUUCUCGUGCUCACGACCGAGCUGACCGAUGGCGAGAUCGCGUACCUCAUGACCAAACGACCCGAAGGUGGUCUUCUGGCGGGUCAGUGGGAAUUCCCGGCAUUUAAAAUGGCAAACGACGACGUCAUCCCCGCGUACAAAGCCCGUCAAAAAGUAUCCAACGACCAGCUCUGUGACCUCUUUGGUCUUUCGACCAUGAAAGCGAUCGUGCCGUACAUCGAGUCGCGGGCCGACAAGGGCGACCUCGUCCAUAUCUUCUCCCACGUCAAGCAUCACAUGGGUGUCGAGCACGUCCAGUUGACGCCCAACGAGGCCCUUGCGACUUUGUUUUCGCCGGCGUAUGCGUGGAUGACGCCAUCAAAGCUGGCCGAGGCCGGCGUGACAACGGGUAUGAAGAAAGUCAUGCAGCUUGUCCAUCCGACCAAGGCAGCCAAAAAGACCAAGGCGCCGCGCGAGCCAACGUCGCGCAAGGUCAAGUGCAGAGUCGAGGCCGCCCCCAUCACGUCCUUCUUCAAACCCGAGCCCAAGGCGUAA